AUGGAGGCGCAAAGACGAGAUGAGAACCCUUUUGAAUCUCUCAUCGACGUUGUCAUACGACCUGCGGCAGGGGUCGGAAGCACCGGUGAACGUCAGCUCGAGGCCAUUCUGCAGUCUGCUCUACGCCAGCUCAUUCCCGUCAAGAAUUUCCCUCGCUGCCUCAUUCAGGUCACGCUCCAGGUGACGGAAAUGCCCAAGAACGACUAUGUGAACAGCAAGAUCGUCCAGUCUCAGUCUAACCUCACGCUCCUCCCGGCGUUGCUCCACAGCGCCAUCUUGGGCCUGCUGUCGGCCGCCGUGCCCAUGAAGGCCAUCGCCACUUCUACUACUUUGGCUGUCCGGAAUGGCAAUAUCGUAGUCGACCCGUUGCCAUCAGAGGCGGACCAGGCAACUUCACUUCACGUGUUGAGUUUCACGUCUCAGGACGAUCUUCUGCUAGCAGAAAGUCAAGGGGUCUUCACCAUGGGCGAGUGGGAUGAUGUAGUGAGCACAGGCCAGCGGGUGUGUGGGCAGCAUCGUCAAGCGGACGUGGACACGACGAUGAAUGAGGGCGACCAAAACUCGACAGAUAUGCGGCACUUCAUCCGGACCGUGAUGGAUUCGAGAGUGGCGUGA